UCUAUAUUUUCAUAUUAUUUUUGUGCAUUUUCAAUUUGUAUGGAAAUAAAACAUCAUGUACUUUGAUGAGCGGCAGAAUUGCCAGUCUUUCUCUAAUUUUAUUGCUUCAAAGGUUCAAGAUUAUACAAAGAUCAUAUCCAUUYAUAAACCAACACGAAACAAUAUACUAUCCCUUAAAUAUAUUGUAACAGUCUCCUUCGUUUCCUGCACACAAUGGUUCAAUCAUGUAUGAUAGUAAUGAAUUUUUAAUCAUUUUCUAAACAAUGCGUGGAGUUUUUGUCCGGUGUUCUGUAUAUGUCAAUUAAGGACCGAUUAUGGUGUUAAAAUUAAUAUCUCUGGCAAUGAACUUUGUCGGAAAUGAACUCGAUAUGAACGUCAUUACAAGUUGUGGUUAUUGSAAAUUAUAAACGAUUGCUGAUCCGGCUAAGUUGAUAGAACGAUUUGAGCAGGUCAAGAUAGCGGUGCAGCACAUAUUAAAACCYGAUUUACAGACGCUGGUGAUAAGGACCUAASUACAACGUCACUUUCACAAGGAAAAGGGCAUUUAAUCUUAUGCGAUUGAAUAAACACGGACCAUUUUGAGCUAUUAGAGACCGCUGAGAGUCCGCGCCCAGAAAUUACUACAAACUGCCUUCCGCUGUGACAAGAAAAAAUUAACCCAGACGAUAAAAAGACUGAAUAAAGAGCAACCAGAAGGCAAGUUUAAUCAAGACAGAAGAUGUCAAACAACACCAGCGCACCACAGAAGGACAUAACACCUUAUUUACUGACGGAAUUCUUCUCCGCUAUUUACCUAUCGCUCCUUUCUCCUGUUACAGUCGGAGCAAAUGGUCUUCUUCUUGCAUCGAUUUAUAAAGACCCGUUGAAGUGUUUCCGUACGCCGAUCACAUACUUUAUAGUGGGAUUAGCCAUUGUUGAUUUGAUGACAGGGUUGACUGUAGAACCUUUCUUUGCUGUGUAUUAUUUUACUAACUACUUAAAGGGUAUUACCAAUACUGGUCCACACGUGGUUCUGCGCACUAUUGCCAAGUUUGUUUCUACGGUUGGCCUGAGUUCUUCCUUUCUGAUCGUUCUCGCUUUGUCGUGUUCACAGUUUAUAGCCAUUAAUUUUCCUCACAAGUACAAGAUAUGGAUAACAGCAAAGCGAGUUGUUGCAUGCGUCGUGUGUUCAGUUUUGUACUUCACGGCGUUUAGUCUCAUCCAGCUCAGCAAAAAUGUCUCCAAAGUAGUAUUUUAUCAGAUUGACUUGUAUCUUCACGCCACUUUAAUCCCCAUUUUAUUACUAAUAUCCCAUGGAAUUGUUCUCAUUUCCUUCUAUCGACACGCCAAGAAGUCUGAGAGCAUUCAAGGGAGUAAAACGAGCAAGAAGCCCAGUCAAGGCAACACGGAARGUACUUGUAUAGUUAAGAAGAAAGACAAGGAAAAGACAAGCAGCCAAGCAUCAAAACACCAAAGACAACUCACAAUUGUCACAUUAAUGCUUUCAGCAAUUCUCCUUCUCUGUUCACUUCCACACAUCAUCGUUUUUUAUUUGUUUUUGUAUCGCUACAGCAAAAAUCACCAAAUAUCAUUCCAAGAAGAACUCGGCAUCAACAUCGCACUUCGUGUCAGUGACGACGUUUUGUUUCUCAAAGUUCUUCUCGAUCCUUUCAUUUAUUGCUGGCGACUUCCCAAGUACAGAAAUGCCCUCAAAAGAACCUUGCUUUGCUUGGGUAACGUAAAGCAAGGACAAACAAAAGAAGCUGAGACACAGGAGCUGACUACAGAUCACAAGAAUGAGCGUUCAUCAUGACUCAUAAGAUUCGCAAUUCGACGUUAUGGCGGCCAUUUUGGUAGGAGGUAAAUAUAUCAAGGUUUUUACCUGUAAUGGUCCUGAUUAUUAUUCAAUUCACGAGAAAAUUGUUUUAAAAGAGAGGAAUAUAACGUAUAAUUAAUACAAAACUGUACUUUUUAAGUCUUUUAAGAAUCUGACAUUUUUGUUAUAUACGGUGAUCUUUAAUAGGCCUAGCUAAAACAAAAAUGCUGUGAUUACGAAGAGUGUUUUGUGUAUUUUUUAACUGAUAAAAUGUCCAUUUUAUUAAUUUUUCUCUUAACAUAUUGGUUUUGCGGUGAAUUGAAUGUUAAUUAACGCCAAAUCCAGGUAAAAUGUCUUUUUGUAUGAGAUCCCUGCCAAAAUGGACGCCAUAUCGUCGAAGAACGUGCUCAAUUUAUCUAUUUCAAAAGAGCUUCACCGGCAGAAAUGCUAAAAAACUGUAGAAUGGAGAUUGAAAAGAGCUGUGGUUGCCUAGAUUAGCAAUCUCAGUGAUUGAUGUUUUUAAUUUGAAAAAGCUGAGUACAACCUUAGUUAUCAUUCUAUCGAAAUUCUAUAGUUCCUUACAGUCAAAACAAUGCCGAUUCGCAUYAUCACAGAACCUUCUCUGACAGCAGAGGAUAUGACUCGACUGGCAGGAACAUGAGUUGAUCCUCAAAAAGUAAGCAGUUUUAUCGCCAUUUAUAAUUAAUCGUCAGCCGAGUUCAUUGAGCUUGCUGUUUGUUGCUAUCACAGUUGUUGAGUGUUAGUUGUGCACACGAAGCCCCGCAUWUUGUUUGGCAAAUAAAAUAGUUUCCAGGUAUUUUAAAUCUGGAAACUUUUUUCGAAAAUUUCAGCUUUACAUGGGGUUUGCGGAUAUAUACGCAACUCGUAUCCAUUGAAAAAAAAAGGAAAAAAAGAAGAAAAAGACUAAAAAAACGUUUUCACAUCGAUCACUUAAAAGUGAGUUUUCAAUUGAAUGCUCUAUUAUUCGGUGACGCCCUUCACCUGUUUAUUUGAAUGGUGGAAAGCAGGAGAAAAUAAUUUCUAUUUUCGAAACAAAAUAAUUUUAAAAUGUCUAGCUGAAARAAUAUGCCUAAGCCUAUUCUUCACGAAUCACUGUAUUCCUCUCUAUUCUGCAUGGCCGGGUAGCCUAUAUUUACAUUCUCAGGUAGCCUAUUUACGUUCUCAGUCCCUCUCUGAAAUAAAAAAAGGAAGCCCAAGGAUGAAAAUAAGAGGAAACCAUACCCGCAGAGGAGCCUAUGACCAUAUCUAGGAGUAGAACAGUUGGGUGUUUUUGAUGUAGGCAAACUUUGCAUAGGCGGAUUCAUUGGAACGGUACAGGGGCUCGAAUACAGAACUUCGGAUGAAUUUGAGUUGUAGCUGCCUAAGAAAAAUUUCAGAUACCUCKCUCUAUCUAUUCUAUCGAUUCAAAGUUCAAGUCUUACAACGUGCAUGCAAGUAGACAUUAAAUUACGCGCACUUUUUCCAUCUUGGUCGCUACACCAAGUAACAUUAACUUUGAAGGACUGAUUCAUGAAGCCGGCGACAAUGGCGAAGCUUUAAAUGUAUCGUAGUUUCAAGUGUAUUUUCUCAUAAGCCAAUCAUAACGGUUAUGUAUAACAAUUAUAAAUAUUAAAUAGAGUUUUUUCAAAACAUUCUGAAAAUUUCAACAAUAUCUCUAAAUACACAUAUCGGGUGCAUUAUGGGUAAUGCUUAAUAGAAAAAGAAGUUGUAGAAAUCGCCAAAACUUUUGACUGAAAUUCAUUUGAUUGUCAUUUAUCAUUAUGAAACUCAAAAAUUAGCAAGCUUUAUAAUAAAACUUGUGCACAUUACGAUAUAUGCAUACAUAAAUGUUAACUUUUUCAGAAUUGAUGUUACCUCUGUAUUCUUCGUGUGCAACCACAUGAUCAGGAAUCCCCUGAGAAAUAACGAACAAAGCUAUCGMCGCCAUGUUGGAUGAAUGAACAAGAGAAACUAAUGAGGAAUGCUUUGUGACUUUCAUCCAACAUGGCGGCGAUGACGUAACUUGCACGCCAAGAAUAUAGUGAUCAUCAAGUUACUAAUUGUAGAAAUCAGUUUUGCUAUAAUAUAAUAAUCAAUGAAUAUAAAACAAAGAAAAUCCGUGACUGUAGCUUGAU